AUGUCACCCUGGACGGGCACUGCCCUGAGGGCCCACUCUGAGGAUUAUAACUCCUCGGUGGUCACGCUGUCUCCUGGCCCACAGGACCACGGCACCCACCUCAUCUGUCGGGUGACCCUCCCCAACACCGGGGUGACCACAGAGAAGAGCAUCAGGCUCAAUGUCUCCUAUGCCCCCCAGAACCUGACCAUCAGCUUCCUCCGAGGAAACCUCACAGAACUGAAAUAUCUGCGGAACGGCUCGUCUAUUCAAGUCCGGGAAGGGGACUCCCUGCGCCUCAUCUGUGUCGCCAACGGCAACCCCCUGGCCGCACUCAGCUGGACGCGGGGCAGGCCUGCCCUGAGCCCCUCGCAGCCCUCGGGCCCCGGGGUCCUGGAGCUGCCUCGGGUUCAGAGGGAGGACGAAGGGGAGCUCACCUGCCGAGCUCGGAACCCGCUGGGCUCCCUGCGCGUCUCUCUGAGCCUCUCUGUGCAGAGUGACCGUCACGGGAAACCGAGGGGUGUGGCCGAUGUGGUUCUGGUGGCUCUAGUGUCAACCGUGAUCAAGAUCCUGCUCCUUGGGCUGUGCCUUACCGUAUCCCUGUGA